CGUCGCAAAAAAAGAACACGGUUUUCACUGUUUUCAGUCUUUGCUCCGAUUGUUUUCAUAUCUUUUUGCUGCCAUAGCAAUUGUUUUUUUUUUAUUCCGUUAAACUUUUUGUCUUUGACAUUAUGACAUUGCUGAAAUAUUUGGACAUGAUAUAACGAUAUGUAUGAAACAAAUUAAAUUAUAUUUCCAAUUAACCUGAUAUUUUUGUUAAACUAAGUGACGAUUUUAUAUUUUAUAAAAACUAGCCGUUUAAUUUCUAUGAGAUGCAGUUUUAAACAUUCUUCACAUAUUGUCAAUUAUUGUUAGCAAUACGUUACGUCAGAAUAUGCAAGUUUUGAGAUGUCUGCAGAUUACAGCAACAGAUAUGUAUUUGAAGCUGAAUGGUAUGACCAAGUUGCCUGUAUGCUGAAGAAAUUUUAUCUGUAUUAUUAUCCAUCUGAUAAUACUGUCGAAUUGUUUGACUUAAAAACAAAGAAGACUUUCCUAAGAAGAACAACAUGUGAAGGCAUUACAGCUAAAGACUUUUAUGUCGGUACUGUAAUCACAAUAUUUUCAAGAUGCAUCAAAAUUACAGGUUACGCAGAUGCCUGUACCAAAACCAAAUUAGAAACUCAACUACAAAAGGUUUUUGUAUUUCUGAAACCAGAUGUUAUUGACAAAAUGGGUGAAAUAUUGAAAGCCAUUAUAAAUUAUGAUUUUUAUAUCACAAAUAUAAAAAUGAUAAGAUUAACUCCAAACGAUAUUGCAGAAUGUAAUCUUGUAAAAGACGAAAUCGAUAAGACGUCUGUUAUAAAUUAUCUUAUAUCUGGCCCUGUCGUUGCUUUAGAAUUAUUAGGAGGAAAUGGUAUAAUGAGGUGGCAAGAACUGGCAGGCCCAGAAGAUAGUAAGGAUGCACGUUCAAUAGCACCAUCUUCAUUAAGAGCUUGUUAUGGAAAAGAUGAUAUACAUAAUGCCGUAUAUGGAUCCAAAGAUACUGAAACAGCAAUGCAGGAAUUGCAAUACUUUUUUCCUGACUCAAAAUGUAAAAAUAAAGGUCUGAAAAACACUGCAACUCUACAAAACUGCACCUGUUGCAUUAUCAAGCCACAUGCUGUACAAGAAGGGCUUCUUGGUGCCAUUUUCGAUGACAUUCAGAAAGCAGGCUACACAAUCACCGCAGUACAACAAUUUUAUGUUAAUCCAAUUAAUUCCGAAGAAUUUUUAGAAAUAUAUAAAGGUGUUCUUCCUGAAUAUACCGCGAUGGUAGCAGAAUUACAAUCCGGUCCGUGCAUUGUUAUGGAAGUGAGCCAUAAAGACGAGAGCCCUAACAUAGUUGCUGAUUUCAGGAAUUUAUGCGGUCCAAUGGAUCCGGACAUUGCACGGCAAAUCAGACCGAAUACGCUUAGAGCCAAGUAUGGGAAAACGAAAGUACAAAAUGCUAUACAUUGCUCUGACUUACCGGAAGACGGGAUAUUAGAGAUAUACGCUUCUAUAAUAUAUCCGUGUAUCUUAAUACACAUCUUGCUGUGAAUAUUUCCACUGAGUAAGGGCUUCCGGAGAAAGGGGAGCGUACGUCUAAAGUGACUCGAAGCUAGAGGCCCGAAGCUAGUUUCGCAAUGUCCUACUUUGGCAUGCGAUUACUGUAGAUAUUGAUAUUUGCGUAAUUAUGCGCUCCUCUCAUAUAACGAUCAAUAUUUUUUAAACCUUAUGAUACUGAAGUAGAAAUAGAAAAAGUCCAUAUUAAUCGCUUUUAGUCUUUAAUGAUAAAAUAAUCCUAUUUUUUCAUGGUCUUAGU